AUGCCGGAUGACAAAAAGAACGCCUACGGCACCGAAACCGGCGGCGAUACCGUAUCUCCCCACCCCCUUCCUUCCCUUUCCACCCAACAAUUCUAACCUAACUUACCCAGAACUUCCGCCGAACUUGGGACCGCGAAGAAUGGACCGCGAAAGCGCGAGAGCGCGAAUCCCAAGACCGUGCCACCUCGAAGCUCCACCAGGAGGCCAAGCUCGCGGGAAAGAAAUUCCACCGACCACCCACGCCUCCGGAUGCCAACAGCACAUCAGCGCGCGCCUCGCGACUGAACCUCGAGGAAAACGUGAACAAGACCACCCUGGUCCCAGCGGGCGCGGGUGUGGGCAAGAGAGGGAAGGGAGCCGGGUUUUACUGUGAGGCCUGCGAUCUCACGUUCAAGGACUCACUGCAAUGGGUGGACCACCUUAAUUCCAAGCAGCACUUGCACGCUGUUGGCGAGAGGGAUGAGGUUGCCAUUGCUACACUGGAGAUGGUUGUUGAGAGGUUGGCGUGGCUGAAGCGGAGGAGGGAAGAGGAGGGGAGGGAAGGGGAGGUGGAUCUAGCGAAGAGGUUGGCGGAGAGGGCACGCGCAGAAGAGGAGGAGAGGGUGCAGAGGAGGGAGAAGAGGAAGCUUGCUAGGCGGGAGAGGAAGGAAAGGGAGAGGAAGUUGGGGAACGAACGGGGUUUUGGGGGUGGGGAUAGCGAAAAGGCGGAAGGAGGUGGCGAGGAGGAGGAUGAUCCGGAUGCAGUUGCUAUGGCUAGGAUGAUGGGAUUCACAGGUGGAUUUGGGACCACGAAGAAGAGGAGUUGA